AUGCCGAAGUGGAGGGGUCGUUUCACAAGCAGUAGCAGUGAUGAUAGCUCUGACUCUGAGUUGGAGGCAAGAAUGCAGGGAAAGCACACCUCUGAACAGCCUGUGUUUGUGUGCAGAAGAAAGAGAAUGUCCCAAAACGGUUCAGUUUCUGCGCCCCCUGGGGUCAAUGUUAGUGACCUGCACCAAGGAUCCACACCCUUUGAAAUAUAUUCUCACUUCUUCACACCAGAGCUCAUGGACUGUCUUGUCCAAGAAACUAACCGGUACUACCACCAGCAACUAGCACCCGCUUCUUCACAAAAGAGGAACUGGCAUAACACUUCACGAGGAGAGCUGCAUGCCUAUUUUGGGCUCUGGCUGUUGAUGGAUAUGCAUCCGAGGUCAGAUAUUGAAAUAUACUGGAAGGACCCACACUUCUGCUUGCCUAUAUUCCCAAAGACUAUGUCAUUAGAUCGUUUCAUUCAUAUAACGCAGAAUCUCCAUGUAGUGGAUAAUAAUAGGACACAUCCUGGUGAUGACUACCUUUGGAAGCUUCGUCCAAUGAUAAGUACACUUAAUCAGCAGUUUUCAUUAGUGUAUACUCCUCCCCGAAGAUAA